CUAUAGAGAAUGAUGAGAUUAUUGCACAUGCUCUUCAAGAAGAAUUUUCACAACUUGCUGUUGCAGAAGCAACUGGACCUUCGCAUGCAGAUGAAGAACAUUUGCAAGCAUCUGUUCUGGCACAAGAUUGGUUUGGUCCAUCAAUGAGAAACUAUAGUUCAGGGAAUGAAGAUGGUCAGGAAGAGGCAGAUGAGAUGGAACCCUCCAGUUCAUGUUCAAGUCCUGGGGAAUACUCAUAUGAAGGGGAGGAUUGGUCAUUAGAGCUCACAGAUGACUUUUCUGACAUAGAUGGUGAAGUAGGCAAGAGGUUGAAUCAGAUGGUUCCCAUUCCUCAUAUACCGAGAAUCAAUGGAGAAAUUCCUUCUGUUGAUGAAGCUACUUCAGAUCAUCAAAGGCUUAUAGACAGGUUGCAACUGUAUGAUUUGGUUGAGCUAAAGGUUCAAGGAGAUGGUAACUGUCAGUUUCGAGCUCUGUCUGAUCAAUUUUACCGUACCCCUGAACACCACAAGUUUGUGAGGCAGCAAGUUGUUAAUCAGCUGAAGUCUCACCCUGAGAUCUACGAGGGAUAUGUUCCCAUGGCAUAUGGUGACUAUUUGAAAAAGCUUUCUAAGAGUGGGGAAUGGGGUGAUCAUGUCACGUUACAGGCUGCUGCAGAUUCAUACGGCGUUAAAAUUUUUGUUAUAACAUCAUUCAAGGAUACCUGCUAUAUUGAGAUUCUGCCAAAUGUGCAGAAAUCUAAACGAGUAAUAUUCUUGAGCUUUUGGGCUGAGGUGCACUACAAUUCCAUUUAUCCUGAAGGGGAUCUACCAACAUCGGAAACCAAGAAGAAGAAAAGGUGGUGGCACUUUGGAAACAAGCAUUAGGAGUGCGAGUCUGCCUUCACUUACAUCUCUUGUUUCUAGAGAGAUUCUCAGAGCAAGCUAUUUCCGUCUUGAGUGAUGUAGCGGGUGAAGCACAUUGCAAGAUAGGGCAUGAUCCCUGCGCUAUCCACCCUUUUGAUUCACAUUUGCAUGUACAUUCCCUGUGGGUUGUGGUCUGGACAUUCCUUUUUCUUAUCCAAUAUUUCUUUGCUAUAUUUAUCUAUAUAAUACCAGAUAAAAAUGCUUGUUCUUUUUGUU